GCACGCACCCUAUCCCACCCCACUUGGUCAUCAUUUUUCAACCAGUCCACACUGAAUUUAGGAAUUUCCAACCACUCCACUCAACUCAAUACGACCUUGAUUCCCGAUUCAUAAUCGCCGUCACGGACUUCACCAAUCAACAACUUUUCACCACCAAUUCAUCUUCCCAAUCCUUAAACCCCCCAAAAAAAAUGAACGACGGCGAAGCCGCAAAGAAAGAGGGCUUAACAGUCAUAGUAUCCACAACAGCUAACGGUAACGGCACAAUUAACGGCAGCGGAAAUGGUUUGUUCAGUAAAACCCGGUACAAGUUCUGGGCCAUCACCGCGAUCUUGCUCCUAGCUUUGUGGUCUAUGUUCACCGGAUCCGUCACUCUAAAGUGGUCCGGAGCCGGUAACCUUAACAAUUCUCUCACCGAUUCGUUUGAUACGCCUGCUCGCGACCUCGAUAUCCUGGAAGUUGAGGAGCGAGAGAAGCUUGUUAGGAAGUUUUGGAACGUGUACACGCACAGCAAAACAGCGAAAUUGCCGAGGUUCUGGCAGGAAGCGUUCGAAGCGGCGUACGAGCAUCUGACCAGUGAUGUCCCGGACGUGAGGGACGCUGCGGUUUCGGAGAUUGCGAAGAUGUCGUUGGUGUCUGUUGAUGUUGAGCCAUUGCCUCUUAACUCGGAUUUGGGAGGAAGAAGGAAGAGUUUGAGGCGUGGUGUCGGCAAGAAGAACGUUCUUUAGGUAUGCACACCAGAUGUUUGACAAAAUGUCGGCAUGUAAUAAAGUUUUACUUUACUGAAUACCGAGUGAAGGUGUGUUUUACUAGCAGUUUUUGUACCAGGGGCAACCAUUUAUACAUGAUAUGUUAUAAGUUAUAAUAUUGGAUUAUUGGGAUCUUGAAUCUUGAUAAUGUGUUGACUUAACAUUCGUUUUU